AUGAAGGUCCAACUCUUGGCGACCCUGCUCGCCUGCUUCGUUGCAACCACCAUCGCUAUUCCAGACCUCGCACAAAUCAAGCAUCCAGACGGCAAGAAGGCAUUGAACUGGCCACCAGCUGAUCAAUCACCGGAGCUUUGA